AUCCCGCCAAAGCGGGCCUUUUUGCCUCCUCUGGGUGGCGGUCAUUUUGGCUCCGUGAGGGUCUUUUCAUCCCGUUAGAGUCUUGAGUGCGGUGGGUCUGGGAACACCUGCUGAAGCCUAGAAGGCGCGAGAGACGUGAUCACUGGCCGUACAGACGCGGGUGUGAGGCUCAGCAACGCCGUCCGGGUGACCCCUGCCAGGGCUGGGGCAAGGACCGCGGUGUCCGGGGGCCCUGUCCUCUCCUGCCGCUCCCGCCUCACCCACAAAGUGAUGGCGGCGGCCGAGCUGAGGCGCCAGGCUGAAGUUUGUGUGACCCUUGAGGAUGUCGCUGUGUAUUUCUCCAGGACAGAAUGGCGCCUCCUUGAUGAGGCUCAGAGACGCCUGUACCUCGAUGUGAUGCUGGAGAACUUUGCUCAUGUAUCCUCACUGGGUUGCUGUUGUGGAGCAAAGGAUGUGGAGGCACCAUCUGAACAGAGCAUUUCUGUGGGAGUGUCACAGACCAGGACCCCAAAGGAACCUCCAUCUUCCCAGAAGACUCAUCCCUGUGAGAUGUGUGGUUCGGUCUUGAGACACAUCUUCCACUUGACUGAAAACCAGGAAACACUCCGCAGCCUGAAACUGUUGAGAUGUGGAUCAUGUGCAAAACAAUUUGAUUUCAGUGCAAACCGUCAGCAGUACCAGGACCAUCGCAAGGGAGAAAAACUCUUUAUAAGCAAUGUGAACAGAGCCUCAUCUGCAAAGAGCUGCAAUUUCCCUAAGUCACAGAAGCCCAUUACGUCUGAGGAGGUUGGAAAGGACUGCAUGACCACCUCAGGACAUCUCCAGCAACGUGCGACUCACACCAGAGAGAAGCCAAACAAAAUCUCCAAAAAUAGAGUGUCUUUUCAAUGCAUAAAAAGUAGUCGUACUUGGGAAGAACGAAAGAAAGCCUUUGGUCCCAAAAACACACUUGUUCAGGAUUCAGGUGUGCAUGCUAAAAGACAGUGUUUUACGUGCCAUGAGUGUGGGAAAACAUUCAGGUACAAAUCUUCAUUUGUUAUUCACCAGAGAGUCCAUACCGAUGACAAAAUUCGUGUUUGUGAAGACUGUGGUAAAUCCUUUAGGGGAAGCUUAGCCUUCAGUCAACACCGAAGAAUUCAUUCUGGGGCAAGGCAGCACAAGUGUGGCAAAUGUGGGAAAUCCUUUAACCAAAAAUUUGUCCUCAUUUAUCCUCAGAGAAGUCACACUGGGGAAAGUUGUUAUGUGUGUUGUGAGUGUGCGCCGUCUUUCAGGCAUAGCUCUAUUCAUAUUCAACAACAGACAGUUUGUACUGGAGAAAUGAGUUUUGAGUGUACUGAAUGUGGGAAAUUCUUUAAACGAAAAUCUGACCUCAUUGAACAUGGCAGAGUUCACACAGGAGAAAGGCCUUACGAGUGUGGUGAAUGUGGGAAAUCUUUUACUUCUAGCUCUGCUCUCCGUUAUCAUGAGAGAGUUCACACUGGAGAAAAACCCUAUAAGUGUAGUGAAUGUGGGAAAUCCUUUACCUCUAGCUCUGGCCUCCGUUACCAUCAGAGAGUUCAUACAGGAGAAAGGCCAUAUGAGUGUAGUGAUUGUGGAAAAUCUUUUACUCAAAUAAAUCACCUCAUUAUACACCGAAGAGUUCACACAGGAGAAAGACCUUAUGAGUGCAGUGAAUGUGGGAAAUCCUUUAGCCACAAAUCUUACCUCUCCCAACACCAGCGAGUUCACACUGGAGAAAGGCCUUUUGAGUGUAGUGAAUGUGGGAAAUCUUUUACCUCUGGCUCUGCCCUCUGUUACCAUCAGAGAGUUCACUCUGGAGAAAAACCCUAUGAAUGCACAGAAUGUGGGAAAUCUUUUACCAAUGGACCGAUACUCAUUCGACAUCGUAGAGUUCACACAGGAGAAAGGCCUUAUGAAUGCGGCGAAUGUGGGAAAUCAUUUACCCAAAGAAAUCACCUCAAUAUACAUCAGAGAGUUCACACAGGAGAGCGGCCUUAUGAAUGUCGUGAAUGUGGAAAAUGUUUUACUUCUGGUUCUGCCCUUCGUUAUCAUCAGAAAGUUCAUAUUGGAGAAAGGCCUUAUGAGUGCAGUGAAUGUGAGAAAUCUUUUACUUCUAGUUCUGCCCUCCGUUGUCAUCAGAGAGUUCACACAGGAGAGAGGCCUUUUGACUGCAGUGAAUGUGGAAAAUCUUUUAGGGAUAGUUCCCAGUUGAAUCAACAUCAGAGAGUUCACACUGGAGAAAAACCUUAUGAAUGUGUUGAUUGUGGGAGAUCCUUUAGCCAGAAUUCAUACCUCUCUAAACACAGGAGAGUUCACACAGGAGAAAGACCUUAUGAAUGUAAUGAAUGUGGAAAAUCUUUUACUUCUGUCUCUGCUCUUGGUUAUCAUCAGAGAGUUCACACAGGAGAAAGGCCUUACAAGUGCAGUGAAUGUGACAAAUCUUUUACAAAUAGCUCGAUACUUAUUAGACACCGGAGAGUUCACACAGGAGAAAGGCCCCAUGAGUGCAGUGAAUGUGGGAAAUCCUUUACGCAAAGAAUUCACCUCAUUAUUCACCAGAGAGUUCACACAGGAGAAAGGCCGUAUGAAUGCAAUGAAUGUGGGAAGUCUUUUACUUCUCGUUCCACACUCCAUUAUCAUCAGAGAGUUCACACAGGAGAAAGGCCUUAUGAUUGCAGUGAAUGUGGCAAAUCUUUUAGCAGAAAAUCUAACCUUUCUCAGCACAUGAGAGUUCACAAUGGAGGAAGACCUUAGAUGUGUAUAAAAUGUACAGGGUUUUUUUGUUGUUCAGUGUUAACUACAUGGGAGGAAACUCUGAGGCCCUGUUUGUCUGAAUUAUACUCCUAUAUCCAAACAUCAACAGAAGGGAGAUUCCCCAUAAGUUCUUAUUAUGUGGGAACCACGUGUCUGUGUUGCACUUUGUAAUUGACGCAGAUCUCUUGUAGAUUUAUGUCACUCAAAAUUUCUCUGGUUGAAGCUAUUUAACCUGUAUUAUCUUGCAGGUCUCCACAGUUUUCAUCAGUCACUGUCCUAAUGUCCUCAGGGAAGCUAAUUCUGUUCUCUGAUUUGUUGGAGGAAUUUAGGAGUAGCCUCAGCUCUUAGGAGAUCUGCAUUUCCUUCACUCUGACUAGUUGGGGCAUGGACCUGACCCAUUGUUGGCCAUGGAAAACAUGAGUUCAGCUGGCAGCUUGAGAAGGACUGUAUUCUUCAGGGAUCUGGUUUCCCUAGACACCUGUGAUGAAUAUGUUCAGUGUUGAAGUCACCAAUGCAAGAAUUGCCAGGUCCAUGUCUCUCUGGUUUGUAAAAUAAUGAAUGUCUCAUUGUUUAAGUGCCCUUUAAUCUUGGGUGUUGUAUUUUUGUGUGGAGUUUAUAAGCAGAUAUGGGCUCUACAAGCAUGAAGAGGUGAGCAACCUUUAUGGGGGUCUCAAAAUUUCUCUGCCUUAGACUAGGCGAUAUGGUGGCAGCAGUUAGGUCAAAUUUGUAAAAAAAUUUGUAUUUUUUACCAAAUGUGUAUUAUUGCCCACAUCCUCCUAGGAAAGACUGUAGUACUUCCUGGCACGUGAAGCCAGGAUGCUAUAAGUUCGAGGAGACUCAAAAAUCACCUGAGGAAGGGCAUGUGUGACAAACUCAAGUUCUUUGAGUAGCAUGAAUUUACCUAGUUCACAGGGUGUGUCAGUACUUUUGAAGGGAAUCACUUUCAAAGGUCUUAAAAUGAGCCAUAUGCCCUGUUGUCUACAAUACCAUAGGUGGUGGUCACUUGAUUGUAGGACAGUAGAAGUUACGGGAAGUUAUGGUUGCUAGAGAAUCACUCCUCUAAUAGGGGUUGGAGGAGACUGCAGCCAACUAAAUGGAAUAUGCCUCUUAGAAACAUGUAUCGAGAAAUGUGUUUGUGAAAAAGAUAGCAGGAUUGGUAAGUUCACAAGUCUGAGGCUCCCCCAACUUGUUUGUCUUGUGUGGCCCAAGUCAUUUUCGUUGAAAAUAAUCAAAAGAUUUUGUGAAUUUCUGUAGGGCCUCAGAUGUUCAUCUCAAGACAGUUGGUGCCCAGGCAGAAAAUCAAAGGUAAAGAAAAGGGGUAUGUAUAGUCCAGGGAUGUGGCUUUUGUGACCCAGUCAACAUGCCUGGUUUGCUAUAUUCUGUCAUUGUUUGCUCUAUGUGCUGUCACUAAGGCAAUACUGACCACUAGAGGGCAUGAGCACAUGAAUAUAGUUGCCAAACCUAUUUUUUAAAGAGUUGAUACACAAUUUUCUUCUUUAUCUUGAGCAAUUUUUUAAAAGCUUUAGUAUGGUAUAAUACACAUGUACUAAAUGAUAUAUUUCAAGUAUAGUAUCUGAUGACGUCUGACCUAUGUAUUAAAAUGAAACCAUCACCACAGUCAUACUACCAUAUCUGUCACUGUAUUUACGUCAUAUCUUUUAUUAAUAAAGAUUUCACUUAUUUUUAGAGAGAGGGGAAGGGAAGAACCUAGAGAGGGAGAGAAACAUCCAUUGGUUGCCUUUCGCACGUGCCCCCAAGUGGGGAUCUGGCCUGAAACCGAGGCAUGUGCUCUGGUUGGGAAUUGAACUGGCAGCCUUUUGCUUCCCAGGUCUGUGCUCAGUCCACUAAGCCACACAAGCCAGGGCUACUUAAUAUCUUUUAAAAAUCUCUCUCCCUGCCCUUCACAGCUUUCCCAAGUAACUAUUAGUUACUUUUUAUUCUAAUGGGUAACUUUACAUGUUCUAGGAUUUAUAUGAUGAGGAUCACAGUAUUUUUUUCUGCUUUAAUUUAUGUUGCGUAAAACUUGGAGAUGUAUUUAAUGAUCUAUUAGUGGCACCUCUUUUGCUGAGCAAUAUUCUUUGAAUGUAUUACCAUUAGUUUAUUCAUUUGUGUAUGGACAUUAGGUUAUUUCUAGUUUUUGACUAUUGGAAAUUGAGCUAGUGGGAUAAACAUUUCUGUAAUUCCUUACAUAGAUACAUGUGUACGUUUGUCAGUAACUCAUUACACAAUCUGAGUCAUAGGUAGGUAAAUGUUUAAGUUAGCAAGUUGUGAUCUAAACUGAUUUUACCUUUUUGCAUUCUCCUAGUAUAUGAGAGGUCCAGUACCUUCAUGUCCUAGAGAAUAUUUGGUUUGGCCAAUAAUUCUUUAUGUCAGCCCUUUUAAAACUUUGUCAUGCUACCUCACUGAUUACAUUUCCUUAAGGAUUUAUGGUGGUCCUUGUUUCAGAUGUAUAUUUGCUAUCUGUGUAUGUUUGGUGAAAUGUCUGAUUAUAUGUUCAACUUAAUCUGCUAUGAAUUUUGUCAGUUUUCUUUAACAAAAGGACAGUGAAACAAGAAAGAUGCAUGUUGGAAUUUCAUUCAUUUUGUGCCUUUUUUAAUACAGAAUAAUUGGUUUUAUAUUGGAAUAAUGUAUUCUAAUGUUUUUUAAAAAUUUGUCCUCUGCACAAAUUAAUGAACACUCUUCACCUGCUCUGAUAACAUUUUUCUGUUAUUUACAAAAGUUGAGACAUUUAGUAAUACAGUAAGCCCUUGCUUUGUAGUGUCCUCCUAUUUUCCUAGUCUGCUAUCAUGGUGGUUAAUAAGUUGCAACAGGACGCUCAGAGGGACCAGAUGGCAUGCAGAUGGAGUCCCAAAGCCCACUGCAGGGGGAAAUAGGAGGGCAGUGAUCUGUCCUCAUAUCCCCUGGUUAGAAAGCCUGGGUUUGAAUACCAGAGCCCCAAAUACCAUUGGGAGUCACAGAGAAGUCAUGCCCCUUCUACUCCUGGCCUGUUUUUUCUUCAGCGUAAAAUGAGUAUGUCUUCAUACCUGAGUUGUUGGAGGAGGUCAAGAGCUAAAGUUUCCAUUUGCAGUGCAGAAGCUGCACCUGCAGCCUGCUUGGCUUAGGCAACUCCAGCCUCUGACUGCAGAGACAUUCUCAGGCCAGGUACCCCUCAUUCCCUCCAUUGCCCACAAAGCUCUGUUGUUUUGGAGUGCCUUUGAGAAAGAAAUAGGGCUUUUCACAACCUGCUGAUUCACCUGCAGGAAGGCAGGUGCUGCUGGGCACAGAGGUAUCACUGUGAGGUCUUUCCCCAGGAAACUCCAAGUGACUCGCUAGAGCUCUUUCAGUCUCAAUUGGCUUAAUGUGAAAUGCAGGUGAUGAUAACUCUUACCUUGGUUUUGAAGAUCAGUAGAAGUAACAAAUUCAGUACUUGUCGGUGCUAGGAUUCCAGGCUUAACUUGUUGGGCAUUUUUUUAUUUUUGGAACCACCUGAAAAGUGAAACUAAUACUGAAUUGCUGAGAAAAUUCAGCAUUAGAGAAAUAUAGAAGGUUCUCGAAGUUUACACAGCAGACACAUGUCAAUUCUUACCUGGGAUUCUGGCUUCAGACAGAACUAGGCACAAUCUCUACCACUGCUUUUGAAGCCUUCUGUGGGGCAGGUACGCUGCUGCUGCCUCCGCCGUUUCCAUUGUUUCUAUUAUGAUUUUCCUCCCAUUCCUCGGACAUUCCAGUGCACUUACCGUCUGACCUGAAGUCCUCGCGGGAAUGUCAUUGUGUCAUCUCCAGUGGUUUCUUCAGGGGAGUCUUUGAAUCUGAGUUGCAAUUUGCCUCCCUUUUGAUACCAACACAGAGUUCUGCCCUCUGGAGACCUCAGUGAUUAGAGCCUGCGUCUCUUCCCCUCACUUUGUGGUGACAGGGUUGGAUUCCAUCCACUGUGGUGAGUGUGGUGCCUCAGUUUGACUCUUUGAGAUGUUCUGGUACAUGACAUUGACAUUGACCCUGCAGGAGUGUGGACAGCUGGACAUGAACCCUGGCACCCAGUAUUCAGAAAUGAUAUUUGAGACCUGCAGGAUUCUGGUCUCAUGUCCUUCAGUCUGUGUCCUUGGUGGCAGGACGAUACAGUGGCACCUGCCAUGUGUUUCCUACAGGCCUGACCAUGUCCUGGCCUCACGUCCUCCUUUCCAGUCUUCCUGUGUUUGCUUGCUGCACUAUGACCACCAUUGAAAUCCUUACGCCAGAUUCCCCGGCGGCCAGUUGGUCAAACUGUUGGGUCAGUGUGACCACAGCACAGUUAGUGGUGGUGGGUGAUGGACUUGUCAGCGUAAGAAACAUCCAAACCUGUAAGAAUUUAUUAUGAGUUUGAGUCAAAUGGUGAUAACUGUUGGGAAGCAAAACCUCAACAUACUGAGAAAAUGCUCCAGAGGAUGGCAAUUCCGUACCUUGCUUUAUACAUUACAAUCAAACGAGAGGAUGUAAGUGGGUCACGUGAUAUCCAUUGGUGAUAGAAUAGCCAGGUGGGAGGAACUCUUCUAACUGGAUAAAAAGUCAAAUGACAGAAACAAUUUUUUUAAAUGGGUGGGUACAGGAUAAUUAACAAUCAACAAUUAAUGGGAGAUUUGUGGUCUCCACUAUCUGCCCUUUGUAGAGUCUGGAAAAAGCAAGUUCUGACCUUCCAAAGGUAUGUUAUUGUAGAUGCAAAAAGACAAUACAUGCCCUGCCUGGUGUGGCUCAGUAGAUUGAGUGCCAUCCUGCAAACCAAAGGGUUGCUGCUUUGAUUCCCGGUCAGGGUACAUGCCUGAAUUGCUGGCAAGGUCCCCAGUAGGUGUGUGAGAGACAACCACACGUUGAUGUUUGUCUCCUCUUCCUUCCCCUUUAUCUAAAGAUAAAUAAAAUCUUUUUUAAAAAAGACAAUACACAGCUUACAGUGAAGAUUGUCUUUUGUCAGGGAAGAUUGUAGCCUACGACAUGACGACCUGCCAUAAACUGCUUUUAGUUAAUAUAUAUCGAUUUCAUCAUAGCCACCAUCCUUUGUGGUUACUUUAGGACUGUGAGUUAAUAACGCCACCUCGCAGGCCUCCCCUGGGCUUGACAGGUUUAGUAUGUGACCCCUUUGUGUUCACACCGUUCUAAAAGAACAGGGGAAGUUAUGUCACAUCUGAGAAGACAUUUGUCAUCAGUGCUCCCCAGGCAUCUUCCCAAAUAACAUGGUGACUUGAGCCCUGCCAGUAGAUGAGAGAAUCAGGAAUCUAGGAUUCUAUUCAGAAUGGACAUUAUAACUUUAUUCCUGUUUAUUUUUUACAUUUCUUUUUGUUUUCACUGUGAAGGAAAGAUGAACCUCGGUUUGUUUAUUUACUUUUAUCCUCAUCUGAUGACACUUUUUUCAUUGGUUUUAGAGAGGAAUGGAGGGAGAAACUGAUGCAAGAGAGAAGCAUCAACUGGUUGCCUCACAUACGCACCAGACUGGGGGUCAUAUGUGUCCAGGCCUAGGGUUGGUUGCAUGCACCCACCCCCAGACCUGGAAUCAAACCCACAACCUCUCAGUUACAGAAAGGCUCCAGCCAACUGAAUCACAGUGGCCAGAGCUGAUACUCAGUUUUAAACCUUAAAAUGUGCAAGUUGCUUUGUUACAAUAAAACUAAAUGUAUUAAAAAGUUUUUUCUCACUUAGGCCAAUGUCCCUCAUCUAUAGGUUGAAGCUACAGAAGAAGAGACCUCCAUCAACUAACCUGUAAUAAAUUAGGAGUACAAAAUCUCUCAGGGGGAAUGAAACGAAAAAAGUAUUCUCCCAAAUUGCCUCAUCAAGUUAAGCCCUGCCAGAACUGUGGCAGUUAUGAAUAGGUAGCUAAAAAACAAGGGUGUAGGAACUAUCGUGACUUCAUUUAAUUUUGUUUCUCAGAUCUAAAGUCAUGCCACAAACCCCAGCACCUUCUGUGGUCCCUAAGCCUCAUUGUCUGGGCACAGAACCUUAGGCAUUAUCUCAGUAUGCUUGCCCAACGCAGAGCCUCAAAAGUCUGUCUGUGCUUUUAUCAAUGUCCCUGGAUUAAAUUGUUUGGCAUCAGGAAAGAACUGAAACUCAUUGGUAACAGAAACAAACCCAGGUAAAUAUACCAACUCUACUCCAUCCCACCACUCAUUCCUGGUAGAGUCUGUACUUUUGUCCAACAUGUACUGUAUUUUCAAUAAACUCUCGCUCUGCUUGCUUCUAUAUAAUGGUCUUGUCUGUGAAUUCUUUCUGUUGAAGUUGAUAUACUGGAGGCCUAGCAUUGUGAUCCAUUUGUACAAGUUUACUGACCCAAGUCAACCACCAUUACAACUGUUACCAGGAUUUUUUCUUUAAGAUUGUACUUAUUUUCAGAAAGGGGAAAAGAGGGAGAAAGAGAAAAACAUCAAUGUGUGGUUGCCUCGAGCGCCCCCCACUGGGGACCUGGCCCACAACCCAGGCCUGUGCUCUGACUGGGAAUCAAACCAGCCACCUUUUGGUUCACAGGCAUUCACUCAAUCCAUUGAGCUGCACCGGUCAGGGUGGGAUUUUUCAUCCGAUAUGUUUAUCUAUUGGACAUUAUUGUGCCAGCUGACCUUGAAGGUAUUUGGUUGAUGAUCAUUGGUAAAAUUUAUUCUGUGUACCAUUCAGACAUGUCCAUAUUCUAUUUAAUGUUAUCAGGACACCUGAAUUUAUUGCACAGCCAUCAUUUAUAAAGAAGAAAAGUUUUAACUUGUAUUUGUUUACCCUAAAGUAUACUACUCUGUAUGUCAAAGGGAGGAAGAGCCUAAUAAACACUUUUUUCAGGCUUUUUUCAAAAUGUCUCUUGGGCAGAGGCUCAACUUUGUAGCGCUGUUUGGCCCUGGGACUUUCCUUUUUCCUGGCAUCAGCUUUGAAGGGGCUGGACUGCAACCUGAGAUUCUGGCUCCUGAGCCAGGGAUAAUCCCCAGCACUGUAGCAGCUAGACUAAGAAACAGGCUCAGCUAAAAGUGCUGCUUGCAUUGUUGCCAAUUAUGAUCCGCUUCUCCCCCUUCCCAUUUCUCUAGUAUUGCAGAGCACUUAUCAUAGGCUCCCCUCAGUCUUCAUGGGAAUGCUAUCAGCUGUCAGCUAUGGUGGAUUUUCAAGGGGAGUCUUAGUGUCUGAACUGCAAUCUGUCCGCCUACUCUGAGCCCAGCGUGGACUGUGAUCCUCAGGAGACUGGUGAUUGGUCUGGGUCUUUGCUCCUUCACCCACUUUUCUGAUGACAGGCUAAGAUACCAUUCAUUUAGGUCAACUUGAUACCUCACUGUCUCCUAGGGUGUUUUUGGUCCAUGGUCUUGACAAUCACCCUUCAGGAUAGG